GGCACCUCGCGCGACUGCACCACACACGACUCACGGCCUAGGAAUAAGCAUACACAGAUACUAAUCCCAGGAGAUUACUACUGGAGGAUGGCCCAAAACCCCGCGACCAGCGCGGGUCCCCCGCUGGACGAGAUCCAGUGGCGGGCGCCGCCCGACUUCGAGCAGGGCAUCCACAAUAACAGCGUGCUCUAUUACUUCGCCCAGUCGCCCUUCUAUGAUAAGACGUCCAACAACGAGGUUGUCUUCCAGCAGGGGCUCAACAAUCCCAACAUGACGCAGUUCCUCGCCACCCGCGAGCUCUUCGAAGGCCGCCUCAAGACCAUGUCCGGCCUCGAGUUCAUUGUUGCCCAGGAACCGGCCGAGACGGGGCCCGGCGCGGGCACCGGCGUAUGGGUCAUCAACAAGCAGACUCGGCGCAAGCGCCAGGGCGAGGAGGACGAGAUCACUGUGCAUGCGGUGUACUUCAUCGUUGGCGAGAACAUCUACAUGGCGCCGAGUCUUUGGGACAUCAUGAGCUCGCGCAUCGCGUCCAUUUCCACGCAAGUCUCCAAAAUCCUACCCAUCUCCUCCAGCGUGGAAUCCUGGUCUGCCGCCCAGGGCCGCACCUACCACCAGCCCGCCGCCCCCGGAACGAGCUCUUCCACAACGACCAAACAACCCGACGGCACCGCGCUCCCGGACGCCGCUCUUCCCAGCCCUUCAGUCCUGGAAGAAGCCCUCGCCAUCCACACCCAUUUCGGCGACCACUACAUGAACGAGAACCCGAUCACCGGCCGGCCGGGAGACUUCCACCUCUCGUCCACGGGCCGCAAGCUCGUGAGCCUGUCCGCCCCGGCCGCUGGGAAUCUCAAGAAGGGGCCGGCCCUCCCGGCGCUCAACACCAAGGUGGGCGACGGCGGCGGCAGCGAGAACCCGCUGGCUUCGAAGCCGUCGGGCAAGGAGACCAAGAGCCCCAAGACGCCUGGCGGCGGCAGCGCGAUGCAGAAGGCAAAGAAGAGGAAGGGGAGCAAGGCGGUUGUGACGCCGCAGUAGGAGGACGCCGGGAGAGGGGGAGAGGGACGACGACAGAUGGGAUCGAUAGUUUUUUUUGGUGGGUUGUAUGAAACUGUGAUUUAGGACGUGACUUGCUGGAUGGA